CGCUGUUCAAAAGACCACUGACCUCUGCAAGAGGCAGCACCAUGGUGGAGCAAGAGAUGCUGCUGUCGUGUGCUUAUCCUCAAGAAAAGUGUUAUUCAGCAAUAGUUAUGAACUCCCGUUUACGAGCCUUAGGUGGGAGGAUAAAUAACAUACGAGCAUCAGAACUACCAAAAGAGAAAACCCGAUCAGAGAUAAUCUGUAACGUCCACUUUUUGGAUGGCUCAGUACAAAGCUUCAAAGUUAACAAACAAGACACUGGACAGAUUUUGUUGGAUAUGACCUAUAACCAGUUGGGUGUGACAGAGAAAGAAUAUUUUGGUUUACAGCAAAAUGAAACUUCAGUAGAUUCACCUUUUUUCAUUUCACAGCGAUGGCUUGAACCAAACAAACCUAUUAGAAAACAGUUAAAAGGAGGUUUUCCCUGCACCCUUCGUUUUCGUGUAAGGUUUUUUAUACCUGAUCCUAACACGCUUCAGCAAGAACAAACCAGGCACUUAUUCUUCCUGCAAUUGAAGACUGAUAUUGUGGAAGGAAGGUUGUCAUGUCCCAUUAAUUCUGCUGUUGUUCUGGCAUCGUAUGCAGUACAAUCACAACUUGGAGACUAUAAUGCUUCAGUACAUCAUUCAGGAUAUCUGUCAAAUUACAGCUUUAUACCAGAGCAGAACAAAGAUUUUCUUACCAAAGUAGAAUCACUACAUGAGCAACACAGUGGCCUCAAGCAAUCUGAAGCAGAGUCCUGCUACAUAAAUAUAGCACGAACACUUGAAUUCUAUGGAGUGGAAUUGCACAGUGGUAGAGAUCUCCAUAAUUUAGAUCUCAUGAUUGGGAUUGCAUCUGGUGGAAUUGCUGUAUAUAGAAAACUCAUCUGCACAAGCUUCUAUCCCUGGGUAAAUAUAUUAAAAAUUUCCUUUAAAAGGAAAAAGUUUUUUAUACAACAACGGCAAAAACAUAAUGAAUCCAGAGAGCAUAUUGUUGCCUUCAACAUGUUAAAUUACAGAGCAUGCAAAAAUCUAUGGAAAUCGUGUGUAGAGCAUCAUACGUUUUUUCAGGCAAAGAAGUCGCUACCUCAUGAAAGAAAAAUACUGUCACAUUAUUGGACCCUAGGUUCUAGAAAUCCAGCAAAGUCUGUAAACAGCCAGUACUGCAGAAAAGUGAUAGGUGGGAUGGUUUGGAACCCAUCUAUGAGACGAUCUUUAUCUGUUGAGCAUCUAGAGACCAAAAGCCUUCCUUCUCGAUCACCUCCUCUUACCCCUAAUUGGCGGAGUCCUAGACUACGUCAUGAAAUUCGUAAAGCACGACACUCAUCUGUAGAUAACCUUACAAACGAGAUUAGUUAUAUUACUGAAACAGAGGAUGUUUUUUAUACGUACAAGGGCUCUCCAACAUCAAAGGACAGUGAUUCGGAGUUCUCUCAAAACCGUAGUCCACAGAGGAGGUCAUCUGAACAAGAAUCACCAAAGAAUGUAUUGGGAAACAGUCCAACGCGGAGUUCUCUGACCCAUAUCUCACCUAAAGCCUUGGCUCAGUCUCCCAAUGGAGUUGGUAACAUUUCUGGCUCUCACCUGUUGGAAGGGGUGGAUAAACAGUUCUUAGAAACAUGUGACAUUACCAAAAGUAGCUCAAUUGAAGAUUCCAGUCAGUACUACUGCGAUAAGAAUGACCUAAUUGAGGGAGAUUUACUUUUGGUGCGUAUCAUACCAGAUGAAGAUGGGAAGUUUGGAUUUAAUCUAAAGGGUGGUGUAGAUCAAAAAAUGCCAUUAGUGGUAUCAAGAAUAACUCCAGGAUCACCUGCUGAUAAAUGCAUUCCAAAACUGAUUGAAGGUGAUCAGAUAGUAUUAAUUAAUGGCCGAGAUAUCUCAGAGCACACGCAUGACCAGGUGGUCAUGUUCAUAAAAGCCAGCAGAGAAUCUCACACAAGAGAGCUUGCACUUUUGGUCAGGCGGAAAGUAGUUAAACAGUUUGUGGAGCCUAAGUCAGAAGACGAAGCUGACUCCCACAAUCUCGCAGAAUCUCUUCUUCCUAUCUGUUCCGAAUAUGGUGGUGAUACACUGGAGGAGUCUAUGGAGCAGCUAAAAAGAGGGCUGGAAGGUGGGACUGUUCUUAUUCAGUUUGAGCAACUUUAUAGAAAGAAACCAGGUUUGGCUGUUACAUGUGCAAAGGUACCUCAGAAUAUGGACAAGAAUAGAUACAAAGAUGUUCUACCUUAUGAUGCCACAAGGAUAAUAUUGCAAGGAGAUGAAGAUUACAUUAAUGCGAAUUACGUGAAUAUGGAAAUUCCUUCUGUGGGUAUUGUGAACAGGUACAUUGCUACUCAGGGGCCUCUUCCACACACAUGUGCACACUUCUGGCAAGUAGUCUGGGAUCACAAGUUGUCACUGAUCAUCAUGUUAACAACUCUCACGGAACGAGGACGGACCAAAUGUCAUCAGUACUGGCCUGAUCCCCCAGAUGUAAUGGAAUAUGGCAGCUUUCGUGUCAGAUGCCACUCUGAAGAUUGUACGAUUGCUUAUGUUGUUAGAGAAAUGGUGAUUACAAAUGUUGAGACAGAACAACACCACACAGUCACCCAUCUCCAGUACGUUGCUUGGCCUGAUCAUGGUGUUCCUGAUGACUCAAUGGACUUCUUGGAGUUUGUGAACUGUAUGAGGCCAAAGAGAGUAAAGAAUGAGCCUGUCCUUGUUCACUGCAGCGCUGGAAUUGGUCGCACUGGUGUAUUGGUCACUAUGGAAACAGCCAUGUGUUUAAUUGAAAGGAACCAACCUGUUUAUCCCCUGGAUAUUGUACGAAAAAUGCGAGACCAGCGAGCUAUGAUGGUGCAAACAUCAAGUCAAUACAAAUUUGUUUGUGAAGCUAUUCUUCGUGUUUACAAAGAAGGAUUGGUUCGACCACUGGAUUCCAGUUAGCACAGCACUGAAGGAUGAAUUAUUUUUUCCCCUAAAAACACUGUUCUUUAAGUAAAGCAAGGGCUUGUUUCUGAAAGCAACUAGAAUGGACUUGGGAAGCCCAUGAAAAGACAGAUGAGCACAUUUGAACUGUGGCACUUUAAAUUUCUCAAGAAGAUUGCUAAAUCAUGUACAGCGUAAUGAAGACAUGUAGAUAAAUAUAUGACAGCAAUUGUGUGUAAUAUGCUUUGUUCACAUAGACAACCAUAAACAAUCAUGGGAACCAUAAUAUGUAUCUUUUACUGCCUUAAAACACUCUUCACUUUGGAAGUUAAAAGGUCCUUGUGUUUCCUUUGAAAUAGCAAAAAGAAAACUCAUAGUGUUGAAAUGAUUCAGCUAAGGUAUGUAGUAUCUUUGUAUGAAAGUGCAUUGGAGCUGAAUAUUUAAACUUUCUUACUGGGACACUAGAUAUUCAUGGAGAUGUAACUUUGACUGCUAAAAGGCUGAUCAAGAACUUUAAAGGCUAAUGUGUAAGUAGUGUACAUUAAGAGGUGGAGAAAUUAAGUAUUCAGUUACCAUAAACCUAUUAGUAAGUACGCCAGCUGUAAUAUGCUUCUUAGAAAUCACAUCUACUUGUAUGUGAUUUGAAAAUAAUGCUGCAUUUAAGCAUUUAUGCAGAUGGUACUGUCUACAUCUUCUGUUGAUCAAUUUUAAUUACAACUUGCCCUUUUAACAGUGACCUGCUUCUUACAGUUUUAGUUAUUUUAUUCCUUAUCUUCUGUUUCUGCUGUCCAUGUCUUUUAUACUUGUUUUUCACUGCUGUUUUUUAUAUGUGGACUGAAAGCAUUUUAACUUAAACGAGGUUUAAUUUUCUGUCACCUUUGUUUCCAUAUGUAUUUAUGAGUUCUCAGAUGUAAAUGUGGAUUAAUGUUGCACACAAGAUACUAGAGUUUUGACUUACUGUAUAUGCAAAGUAGUCUAAUCCAAUACUGGAAGAAAAAUUACUACUGAACCCAUCAAAUAUGUUGCUGCUAUUUCAAGGUGUGAAGCUUACAAGGGCACAGGUGUUGCUAGUGUUCAGAUGGUGAUAACAUGUUGACUUGCUGCCCUUCAGCAAAAACUGCUCUUACCCAGUGAAACACAACUCCCUCUUGCAAGAAUUCUGUGGGUUUACUGUGUUUCUUGCUUUAUGGAAAUGCAGCUAAAUUCAUACGAAGAUUUACAUGGAAAGAGAAUGAAUUUGUGCAUUGAUGAAUAACUCACCCUAAGGUACACUGGUCUCAAUUUCAUUUCAAGUGGGAGAAUUGGACUUUCUGAACAAUAUAACCACAUUUGUAUGAUGUUAA